AUGGCAGAACUCCCACCCGGCUCACCAGAGAGCGCAAUACGGCGAGAUUCAUGCACCGAGCCGCAAACGCCGUCCCCCCCAGCCGCGGCCGAGCCGUCCUCGCCCACAUUCCCACAGUUGCAUGAUACUGAAGAUGCAAAUGGCGACUCCAAAUCGGCCAAGUCGACCGCCAAAGGGGCCGGAGGUCGGUCUGAUGCCAGUGCUGUUGGAGGGCCCGCCUCUGUAGAGGACUACGAUGGCGACCCGGCCGUCGCAGAGCCUUUUGUGCGCACGGGGAGCCCCGAACCGAGUGUCCGUAGCGUGCAGACCUCAGGCGGCGGCGCAGCCAGCCAUGAUAGCGGGGAUCUGCGGUCCGAGGAGGGCCAGCCCGAGGAACGGGAGACCGGCGGAGGACCGGGCGCCGACGACGACAACAACGACAACAACGAUGACGACGACGAGCCGACAUCCGACCGAAUUAGGUAUAAAAUGCACAAGUUCAGCUUGUACGAGACGGCGAGCCGCUACUACGUCGUCGGCGUCGACGUCAGCGAGACGCGAUACCGUAUCCUCAAGAUUGACCGCACGACCGAGGGCGGCGCCGAGCCCGGCCUGACCGACGACAAGAUUGUCUACACGCUCCAGGAGAUGAACCAGCUUCUCGACACCAUUGACGACGGCAACAAGGGCACCGGCGGCAUCAAGCUGCGCUGCACGACGUGGGGCCUGCUCGGCUUCAUCCGCUUCACGGGCUGCUACUACAUGCUGCUCAUCACUAAGAAGAGCACCGUGGCCAUGGUGGGCGGCCACUACAUCUACCAGGUUGAGGGCACGGAGCUGAUCCCGCUGGCGACGGGCAAGUCGUCCAAGCCCGAGGCGAGGAACAAGAGUGCCGAGGAGACGCGCUUCCUGUCCAUCUUCAACAGCCUGGACCUGACGCGGUCCUUUUACUACAGCUACUCGUACGACGUCACGCACACGAUGCAGCGCAACAUUAUGCGAGAGAGACGGUGCAUGGCGCAGGGUGUCGUUCCCGAGGUUGACGGGGAGCUGAACUCAAUGUUUGUCUGGAACCACUAUCUGCUCAAGCCUAUUUCAGCAGUGACCAAUAACCUGUUUGACUGGUGUCGCCCCCUCAUCCACGGCUAUGUCGACCAGGCCGCCCUGUCCAUCUAUGGCCACACGGCCUACAUCACCGUCAUUGCGAGGCGAUCUCGUCACUUUGCCGGUGCGCGCUUCCUGAAGCGCGGGGCAAAUGACCGAGGCUACGUCGCCAACGACGUCGAGACGGAGCAAAUCGUGGCCGAAUGCCAGACAACCUCGUUCCACGGCCCCGGGCCUCGGCUGUACUGCAGCCCGCAGUACACAUCGUACGUGCAGCACCGCGGCAGCAUCCCGCUCCACUGGACGCAGGACAGCACCGGCGUCACGCCCAAGCCCCCGAUCGAGCUCAACCUCGUCGACCCCUUUUACAGCGCCGCCGCCCUGCACUUUGACGACCUGUUUCGGCGCUACGGCGCCCCCGUCUACGUGCUCAACCUCAUCAAGUCCAAAGAGCGCCAGCCGCGCGAGUCCAAGCUGCUCGACGAGUACACGCACUGCAUCGACUACCUCAACCAGUUUCUCCCCGCCGGCAAGCACAUUAUCCACAAGGCGUGGGACAUGAGCCGUGCCUCCAAGGUCCGCGGCGGCGACGUCAUUGGCAACCUGGAGACGAUUGCCCGCAGCGUGCUCGAGGCGACGGGCUUCUUCCACAACGGCGACGGCGUGUCCGUGCCGCUCAAGGCGCAGAACGGCGUCGCGCGCACAAACUGCAUCGACUGCCUGGACCGCACCAACGCCGCGCAGUUUGUCAUUGGCAAGCGCGCGCUCGGCCAUCAGCUGCACGCCCUGGGCAUCCUGGACGACGCCUCGGUCGAGUACGACACCGACGCCGUCAACUUGUUCACGCACAUGUGGCACGAUCACGGCGACACGAUUGCCGUGCAGUACGGCGGCUCGCAGCUGGUCAACACGAUGGAGACGUACCGCAAGAUUAACCAGUGGACGAGCCACUCGCGCGACAUGAUUGAGAGCUUCAAGCGCUACUACAACAACUCGUUCCUCGACAGCCAGCGACAGGAGGCGUAUAAUUUGUUUCUGGGAAACUACGUCUACAAGUCGGGGCAGCCGAUGCUCUGGGAUCUCACGACCGAUUACUACUUGCAUCACUCGAAUCCGCGAGACUGGACGUCGGACAACAUGAAAAGCUAUAUACACUGGUUCGAUCCGGCCAAUCUGCAGGAAAAAACGGCAGCCACCGCUAUGGUCCCAGUGCGAAGCGCGCCUGUUCCCAAGCCCGUCGAGUUCUUUGACGAUUAUUGGCUCGAAUACUACCGCCCAUCCACGCUAUCCUCGUUUCCCAAAAUGUUUGCCUUUAAAAUGAACUCGACCAUUAAAUACAUUCCCAUUAAAUCCACGCAGGAUGGCAAGUACGACCUUAGCCCGUUCCGCGUGCGCAUAGAGCAGCACGAAGUCGAAGCCGACAAGAAGAGGGCAGCCAAGAAGAAUGCGGCCACCGCGCCCAACAACAAUAAUAAUAAUAAGACAUCCAGUUCGCCCCUCUCGCAAGUCGCCCUGUCCGACGACGGGGCGUCUUCCAUGGCCUCGGACAAGGCGGCACCACCCCGGGGCAUGUCACUCGGCCGCUGGCUGCACCCCACGCAGGAAAAGACAAUACACGCCAUGGACACGGUCGACGAGGCGGACAUGGCGGCCAAGACGAAGCCGACAGCGCUAGAAAAGUCGACGGCCGAGCAGUGGACGUUUACCAGGGCGGUCAAGGACUCGCUGAAUCCGUCGGUCGACCACCACGAGGCCGACGACUACGCGCGGUACAUUCACCACCCGCAGAACCUGCCGCUGGUGGUGUCGAGCGACACGCCCGUGGACAUGGACUCGUCCGAGUACCAGGACUACAUCCACGGCGGGUGGCAGGACCGCGGCCUCAUGGCCAGCGGCAGCGAGGAGGAGAUGGACCUCUACGCGGAGCUACUCAAGGUUGGAGAGAACCCGCUGACGGUGACGGAAGAGGACGCGCUGAAGAAGAGAUACAAGGCCUACAGGAAGUGGCUGAGGGGCAAGUCUUUCUUCAAGCAGCAGCCCUUGGACUGA